UGGUUUGCCGGUCGGCGCCCCCUCCGAGAGCCGCCGGGACCAGCGGCGCGGCGUCGAGAAGGCAGCGGCUCCGGAGCGCGGCGGGGCGGCAGCUCCGCCCAGGGCAGCACCGCAGCGGCGGCCGGGCCGAGGAGCGAGCUGUCCCUUCUCCAGCUCAGCCCUACUGAUCAAGGUUUCACCGAACUGCACUCAGCUUCCAUCUGGGGUUCCUGUCCCCUGCCCCUUGUGCUGCACGUUGGAUCUGGUGACACUCAGGAAAUGCUUGUCUCCUGCUGUGGAUGAACAAUUUCAGAGUACUAUGGAUCAUGCUGAAGAAAAUGAAAUCCUCGCAGCAACCCGGAGGUACUAUGUGGACAGGCCUAUCUUCAGUCAUCCCGUCCUCCAGGAAAGACUGCACAAGAAGGACAAGGUUCCGGAUUCCAUUGGGGACAAGCUGAAGCAGGCGUUCAUAUGUACUCCUAAGAAAAUACGAAAUAUCAUUUAUAUGUUCCUGCCCAUCAGCAAGUGGUUGCCAGCAUACAAAUUCAAGGAGUAUGUGCUGGGCGACUUGGUCUCAGGCAUAAGCACCGGGGUGCUUCAGCUUCCUCAGGGUUUGGCCUUCGCCAUGUUGGCAGCCGUGCCUCCUGUGUUUGGCCUGUACUCUUCGUUUUACCCUGUCAUCAUGUAUUGUUUCUUGGGAACCUCCAGACACAUAUCCAUCGGUCCGUUUGCUGUUAUUAGCCUGAUGAUUGGCGCUGUGGCUGUUCGAUUGGUUCCAGAUGAUAUAGUCAUUCCGGGAGGAGUAAACGCAACGAACGGCACGGAAGCAAGAGACGCCUUGAGAGUGAAGGUGGCCAUGUCUGUGACCUUACUUUCAGGAAUCAUCCAGUUUUGCCUAGGUGUCUGUAGGUUUGGAUUUGUGGCCAUCUACCUCACGGAGCCCCUGGUCCGUGGGUUUACCACCGCGGCCGCCGUGCACGUCUUCACCUCCAUGUUGAAAUACUUGUUUGGAGUGAAAACAAAGCGGUACAGUGGCAUCUUUUCCGUGGUGUAUAGUACAGUUGCUGUGUUGCAGAAUGUUAAAAACCUCAACGUGUGUUCCCUAGGCGUCGGGCUGAUGGUUUUUGGUUUGCUGUUGGGUGGCAAGGAGUUUAAUGAGAGAUUUAAAGAGAAAUUGCCGGCCCCCAUUCCUUUAGAGUUCUUUGCGGUGGUGAUGGGAACGGGCAUUUCAGCUGGGUUUAACUUGCAAGAAUCGUACAAUGUGGAUGUCGUUGGGACACUGCCUCUUGGGCUGCUCCCUCCAGCCAAUCCGGACACCAGCCUCUUCCACCUAGUGUACGUGGAUGCCAUCGCCAUAGCCAUCGUUGGAUUUUCAGUGACCAUCUCAAUGGCCAAGACCUUGGCAAAUAAACAUGGCUACCAGGUUGAUGGCAAUCAGGAGCUCAUUGCCCUGGGCCUGUGCAAUUCCAUUGGCUCCCUCUUCCAGACUUUUUCAAUUUCAUGCUCCUUGUCUCGAAGCCUUGUUCAGGAGGGAACUGGAGGGAAGACACAGCUUGCAGGUUGCUUGGCCUCGUUAAUGAUUCUGCUGGUCAUUUUAGCCACCGGAUUCCUGUUUGAAUCGUUACCCCAGGCUGUGCUGUCGGCCAUUGUGAUCGUCAACCUGAAGGGAAUGUUCAUGCAGUUCUCAGAUCUACCCUUUUUCUGGAGAACCAGUAAAAUAGAGCUGACCAUCUGGCUUACCACUUUUGUCUCCUCCUUGUUCCUGGGAUUGGACUAUGGUUUGAUUACUGCCGUGAUCAUUGCGCUGCUGACCGUGAUUUACAGAACACAGAGCCCGAGCUACAAAGUCCUUGGACAACUUCCUGACACUGAUGUGUAUAUUGACAUAGACGCAUUCGAGGAGGUGAAAGAAAUUCCUGGAAUAAAAAUAUUCCAAAUAAAUGCCCCAAUUUAUUAUGCAAACAGCGAUUUGUAUAGCAGUGCAUUAAAAAGAAAGACUGGCGUGAACCCGGCGCACAUAAUGGGAGCUAGGAGAAAGGCCAUGAGGAAGUAUGCUAAGGAGGUCGGAAAUGCAAAUAUGGCCAACGCAACCGUGGUCAAAGUGGAUGCAGAAGUAGAUGGAGAAGAUGGCACCAAGCCUGAAGAAGAGGAUGAUGAAAUAAAAUUUCCCCCAGUAGUCACCAAGAGGACAUUUCCUGAAGAACUGCAAAGAUUUAUGCCCCCAGGAGAUAAUAUCCACACCAUCAUUCUAGAUUUUACACAAGUCAAUUUUAUUGAUUCUGUUGGUGUGAAAACUCUGGCAGGGAUUGUAAAGGAAUAUGGAGAUGUCGGUAUUUAUGUGUAUUUAGCAGGAUGCAGUGCCCAAGUUGUGAAUGACCUCACUCAAAAUCGAUUUUUUGAAAACCCUGCCUUGAAGGAGCUGCUGUUCCACAGCAUCCACGAUGCAGUUCUAGGCAGCCAAGUUCGAGAGGCGCUUGCUGAACAGGAAGCCUCGGCUCCCCCUCCCCAGGAGGACUCGGAGCCCAACGCCACUCCCGAGGCCUAGAGGGGCCCAGAGGGAGGGUGAGCCUCUCCUGCGAUGACUAAUUCACACGUUCUAAAUACUAGACAAUAGGUUUUUUCCUAAGGGUAAAUCCUAGUACUCAAGGCUUGCUUUGGAGGGUGAAUGACGUGUAGCAAGAUGUAUCUCACUUGUGUUUUUUUAAUUGAAUAUUUCAAAGAUAAAUUGGCCUCUUGCCUGCAUUUAUCGUGCAGUGACAUUUCUGCCACUUUUAGUCUUACCUUGUCAUCCGAGCCCUUAAGAAUUUAUGUCCUUUAAGUACUUUACCUACAAAUAAGAUACGCUGUCACCAGAUGGGUACUGGUUCCUCGCCUUUGUACUUGGUCUGUAAUCAGAGUAAUCUAACAGAGGGGGCACACCCACAAUUCUCUAGAAGUUCUUUAAAAAUAACCUUAUUAUAGAAGCAAUGUAAGUGCAUUGCAGAAAAUGAGAAAAAAUAGACAAGUGAAAAUAAGGAAAUAAGAACAUUAGAUUGCCACCACUUAAAGAUUACUGCAAACACCUUAAUGCAUAUCCUUCCAGAUCUUUUUCUGUGCAUAUAUAUUUACAUCUUGUAAGCAAAAUAAGGUGAUACUCUACAUAGCAUUCUGUAACCUAUUUUUUUUUCAGUCAAACGAUCUCCACUUUCUCAUUCCAGAACAUUUUUACCUCAGACCAUAUUCAAAUUUCCCCACUUGUCCCCAAAUUUUUAGUUGGUUUGUCUACAUCUGGUCAUGUCCCUUAAGUCUGUCUUAAUCUAGCACAGUCCCUUUUUUGAUGACAUUGACUGGUUAAAGAGACUGGGGCAGUUGUCCCGUAGCAUCUCAUCUUGCGAAUGUGUCUAUUUUCUCUCUCAAGGUUUUAGUUAGCUUGUCUCUUUAUUCCCUGAAUACUUGUAAUCCAUAAGGUAUAUCUAAAGGCAUCAUGGAUUUGAAUAAAACACUUUCUGCUGGAAUAUAUCACAGAUGAGACACAUGCUUCAAAUCACAUCACAUCAGAAAACAGACUGUCUAGUUGACCUACCAUUAACGGUGCUAAGAUAGAUCACUGGGUUAACGUGUCAGCGUAAGCCCCCAUUACGUCUUCUUUGUGACCAGUGGUUAUCUGUGGGGGGGUUCCUUUGGCACUCAGCGAAUGCCCAGUUCCCCAGUGGCCAUUCACCCAGGGGUUUUAACAACUAGUGAUAAUCCUUGCCUAAAUCAGUACGUUCUUUAAGGUUUGUGAAUUUUUUUUCCAAUUCUCUCAUUUCUUCUGCAUUUACUAGUUGAUGUUUACUUCCAUGUUUACUUCCUCACCUUGAGCUAUUUGGUCAUCUUUAAAUACACUUCUUACUGGAAAGGCAGGUUAAAUGUUUUAUUUUUAUCCAUUUAAUUAUCAACUUCAAAGGAAGGAGUUGGUUUAAUAGAUGGUGAUAAAUUAGGUUCUUUUAGAUUUCUCUUUUUUGGUAUAAUUAUAGACUCAAGAAUUUUUAUAGUUUUAAUGUGUUUCAGUCCAUUAUAGGUAUUCUUUUUGGUACUCAAACUGUUAGACUUGUCGCUAGUAGGCCCCUAGAAGUUUUGUUAUUGUCGCUGAUAGUGAGAUAGCCCUAAAGACCAUGUAUUUAAGAAAGCUAACUCCGAGGUGCAAUUUAUAUAUCUUCCUUAGAAGUCCCUAAGAGUUAUCAGUUAAUUCUGCAUCAAACUCACUUUUAAGCCUAUGAGUGAGUAAAAUGCUGAUUUCAAGCAUUCUUUAUAUUUGUUCAAAAGGAGUGAGGGAGACUUUUCAGCCAAUCUGUCAUUGAAAGUUCUUCUCUUGUAGUUCCAACCGCCAGCUCACUGUAAAUCGGAGCACAAGUGUCAGCCAACCUGCCUGAAGCCUCCGCUGCUAGGA